AUGUUUACAGCUUCGGGAUUGUGUUGCGUAGGUCGUGGAAAAUCGGGGGAUGAUCAGUUAGCCGAUUCUGACUUCUUGGAUAUUGACGAUGCUAUGCGUGAAGCGGACGACGUCCGUGAGGAAUGGCAAUGGCUGAGUAUUCGGUGCGAACGUCGUUUAAACGAGCAGUUACACUUCUACCAGCAGGAGAUUACGGAACGAUGCGAUGAGCUGCUGGCGAAUGCAUCGACGCCCACGGACCCUUCCGUCUACGGCAGCUAUGUUCCGAAACUCAUUCGACGGUUCAUCCAUGGACGCCUGGGCUCUACUAAUCCUUCGCCGCGCCAUAUAGCAAACUGCUACGCUGUUACAGUCUUCUGUGACGUUAGCGGAUUCACAGCUCUGGCGGAGGCUAUUGAGAAGUCAGGCGACCCUGAGGCCGCGGCCACGCUUGGGCGUUCUCUGAACUGCUUUUUCGACCCCCUGAUUUGCAUUAUAAACCGUUGGGGCGGUGAUAUUAUGAAAUUCGCAGGGGACGCUGUGCUAGUCGCGUGGUUCAUUAACGAGAACUAUGAGACAUCCGAUUGCGCAGUUGAUUUGGAAAACAAUGCGGAAGAAUCCGAAGAAAAUUAUAUAUCACCCAUAUACAGUUCGAAACCGCCUAGUGGAGAUGUUUGGAGGCAGUGCGCCUUGGCGCUCAGGUGUUGUGAGGAGCUGCAUGCCACGCUGCACGAAUAUCCAACAAACAUAGAUGGGAAGACCUUGGCAAUGCAUAUCGGUGUAGGCUUGGGUGAGGUUGCCAUCCUGCACGUAGGUGGUCUGCUGGAGCGUUGGGAAUUCGUUAUUGCUGGAAAGCCGCUGGAAGAGAUUGCGGUGGCUGAGCCACUGGCAUCUAGAGGCCAAACGGUCAUGUCUCGAUCGGUAUACGAGGUGAUGCAGUCACACGUAAAAGUCCAGCCUAUCGAUGGUCACCCUGACUAUUUCCUGUUUACCUCGUUUAACACCGAGCUCGAGGUCGAACCCGACGCCACGGUGCAUGAGUCAUUCGAGUUCCCACCGGAUUCGGUCACCGAGUUCCGGCACUAUAUGCCGAGCUACAUCUUCCUGAGACUUAUCUCGGGAUAUGGCGUUUUCAACAACGAGAUGCGGCGCCUGUCGACUGUUUUCGUCUGUGUGUCUGGUCUGGACGUCGCUUCUCCAUCGGGCAGAGAGACUGCGCAACAACUGAUGACCAUCUGCCAGCGAGCUACAUAUGCUCUUGAAGGGAGCAUAAAUAAGUUUCUAGUCGAUGACAAAGGUGUUGUCCUGCUAAUAUUCGUCGGAUUUCCGCCGGUUUACCACACCGACGACCCAGUUCGUUCGGUGUUUGUGGGCCUCAAAAUCGUAAACGACUGCUUGAAAUUAGGAUUGACUCCAGGUGUAGGCAUAACCACCGGGUCAGUCUGGUGUGGGACUCUGGGUAACGACAUCAGACGUGAGUACACUUGCCUGGGUGAUUACGUGAACCUGGCGGCUCGGCUUAUGUCGAAGGCGGUAACAUCCACUGACCACAAAAUUUUGGUCGACGAGGCCACUGCCAACGAAGCUGGUAGUAUAUUGGAAUUCAAUGAGCUUGAAUCUGUCAAGCUUAAGGGUAAGGAGGUGUGGGUCAAGGUGUUUAGUCCAACGGGCAAGGUUCGGCAGCUCGACCUGCAAUCUUUGGAGGAGUGCACGCCACUGGAGACGUGGAAGCGAUGGGAGGCAUACAAUACCGUGAAGAAACGCUUGUCGGGAAGCGGAUUACUCGAGCACGGCGGUGUUAUGCUCAUUAACGGGCACAGCGGAUGCGGAACCAUAGAUCUGCAAUCAGCCAUCACGCGGUUAGUUAAGCGCCAGGGCUACUCCAACUGCUUCUCCGUCAGCACCAUGAAGGAUGACUCAUCAGCCAUAUCCAUUGCGUCGGACUCACAUCUCGCGUGGCGCAAUCUGUGUAGCGGGUUGGUCUCGACGUGGGCCGCAAGCUCGUCUCGUAAGGCGAUGAUGGGAGUAUACCACUCCAAGUAUCAGCACAUGCAGUCGGAAAACUGCGUAUCUAAAAAGGCUGUGUCAGAUGUUGUCAAAGAGCUCCUGGACCCAUCAUUGCAUUGGCGUCUUGGGUCGCUGAAGCCACUGGUGCUGGGAUUGGAAGUGGAGCCUCUGCGUAACGUGGUCGGGCAUCGUCUCACUCCGCGCUCCCAACCCAACUCCAGAAUUCCUGGCCUGAUGCAGGGCUUGUUAAGCGAAAAUGUUGAUACGAACGUGGAAUCUAAAACAGGCCCGCGCGGUAACGAUGUGAAUCGCUCUGCGCAGAACACCAGCACCUGCGAUACGACGCUGCUUGAUCAGCGCAUUGUGCAGGAAUCCACCGCUCCAUUCGUCACUUCCAUGGUAGAUGGAUUUACCAUGAGUGAAGGCUUGUGCGUAAUAUUGAACAUUCGUCUUGGCAGUUCGGUAUACGCAACAAUGGAGGACGAUUCAUGGGAGACUGUGUGCUCAUUGACGCGUUUGGCCACAGAGCGACGGGAGGCACGCAUGGCAGGCGCUACAAAUUCCAAGCCGUUUCUCUUCAUAGUAGUUUCAUGCCCUCAACACGUCUUUUUACGUUGGCACGACGAAAUAGUACAGCAUGCCGAAAAGUGCGACGCUCGAAUAAAGCUUUCAAAACUGUCAAGAUCGCAACUUACUGAUUUCGUGGCGCAUACAUUACAACUUGAAGGAGCUGCUUCGGUUCCAGAUGAGCUUGUAGACCACCUUUACCGCAACACUUCGGGCAUGGCGCGAUUUGUAUACAAGACGCUCCAGGAGCUGGUGGAAUCUAAAGCAGUCAUUUUGGAGGACGUAGAAUUUUCCACGUCUGCUUCGUCGGAAGUUGAGGAGGAGUCAACCCCUUCAAAUUCUCGAGCCAUGCUAAGAAGUCAAAUUAUGGACUUUUUCCACAUACCGCGUCGGCGCGGCGCGGGUAUAGGCGGUUUGCAGCAGAUACGCGAGCUUGGCGUGUCUUUCGAAGAAACUCCGAAACACCGAAAGCGUUUGGUUGGCCUAAAUCUGCCGACAGAUGGGCUUAUUGAUGAGAUUCUUUCGUUUGCAAUGAGUCUUGUAGAUCGGCUUCAGCCUGAUGAACUCUUUGUUGCCAAGGUUGCCUGUGUGGUGCGCUCACCGUUCGUGCGACAAGAUCUGCUGGUUAAUAACCCUCAGAACUUCUCCGAGGAGUACUUCGAUUCCAUCUUGCGGAGCCUGCUUGCUAACGAGAUUUUGGAAUCGGUGUCUAACAUGCCCAUUGCCGAAGCCAUGGCGCCUAACGUGGAACUCCGACUUUGCAGCAGCGCAAUUGCAAAGGUAUUAUCUCAACGCAUAAUGGAAGAUGAACGUGCGUGGUUUGCCAGCCAAUUCGUUGUUGCUUAG